UAGUUUAUAAAGAACGCUUCGCUCUCGACUUUCAACAUACUGUCAGAGUCAGAGUAACGAUGAAUCUUCUAAUACUGUGUCGUUUCUGCAGUCUGAUUUCUUUUAGCUUUUCAUCUCAUAUUCUGGGGGCGAUUAUGUACUUCACACCACGAGGAAAAAAUCCUGAUGAUACGUUUAGAGUGGACUAUUGGGUUAAAGAAUCCUUCACUAAUGGAUGCCAUUCUGAAUUGCAUCUGAGGUGCUUUAAAGGUACCUGUGGAGAAAACGUGCAUUAUGAAUUUGGGAAGAUAGACGAUGACAUUUUAGGGAACUGGUGUCAAGCAGAAGGGUAUAUGUCUUUUGACGUUACAACCGAUAAACCUUUUGUUUUAAGGGCAACCAACUGCUGCUGGGUUAAUAAUUCAGCUAAUGCCAGUUGGUGGCAGCUUUUGACCUAUGUGGAUUUAGGAACAAGAUCUGACACGCGGUCUUCCAACAGAUCCCCAACAACAACGAUUCUGCCAGAAAUAAGGGCUCCUCAGAACUGCCCAACUGCAUACAAUCUAUUGGCUCAUGACCCAGAUGGAGAUCAUGUUAGAUGCAGAUAUGGACUGAAGAGCAAUUCAGAGUGUGUUGCAUGUAGUCAACAUCCAGGUUUCUAUCUUGAUCAGGGAACAUGCACUUUAUUAUUUUCUGAAUCUUUGUGGCUUGUGUAUGUGUUUGAAAUAGUACUGGAGGACUUUCCCAGGGAAGACAUUAACCUCACCUACACAGAUGGCACCUCCUCCAAUAGAACUCCUCAGCAGUCUUCCCCACUCAGCAAAAUUCCUUUGCAAUUUGUUUUUAAAGUUAAUCCUCCAGUGCCUUCUUGUGAGUUUGGAGAAUUCAGGCCCCAGUUCCUCUUGCCCACUCCUCCUUGGGGAGCUUUCAGAGAAGCUACAGUUGGCCGCGAGUUCCAGCUCGCUGUCGCAGCACGAGCAAAUCUUUCAGUGGUAUAUGAUAUCAAAGUCAGUGGGCCUCUGAAUAUUACUAAAACAUUCCAUUACAACGGGACAAGUAAGAUCGGGCAGAUAAUUGCAAAGUGGACACCACAAGACAAUGAUGUUGGGCUCCAUGUUCCUAUGUGUUUUAUUGCAGAAACAAGAGACGGGUACCAGUCAGACCUAAGAUGUAUAGUAGUGUUGGUUGGAACUGCUGCUACACAGACGAGACAAGCCGAAGUUGUGUGUUCUGAAAGCACAAUGUCCGUAUUUGUGGACAAGUCUUCCAUUCAUGAAGUUGAUGAAAAUAAUUUGCGGCUCAAUGACCCAUCUUGCAAAGUGACAUCCAAUAAAUCCCACUUCAUUGCCUCAGUUUCAUUAAAUUCAUGUGGGACAGAGCUUGAGGAAAUGGAGAAUUCCUUGGUUUUCAAAAAUGAAAUUACAUCAUUUGAUGCGCCUCAUAAUGUCAUCACCAGGGGGAAUGUUCUGGAGAUACCAUUUUCUUGCUCCUUUCCCAAAACAUUCCUGACAUCUGGCUCCUUCACUGUGCACAAGACAGUUGAUACAUUCACAAGUUCAGGCUCUGGAAGAUUCACCUAUGUCUUUGAGUUCUAUAACAGUAGUGCUUUCACAGAGCUCAUUAAGCCCAGCACCUACCCAGUGAACGCUGAACAAGGAGAGAUGCUGUACGUGAGUAUACAAGUACGCUCGUCUUUGAACACUACCCAGCUUUUUGUGGAGUCUUGCAGAGCAACCCCUCAUGAUGACCCAGAUGAUCCAAUAUAUUAUGACAUAAUAAAAAAUGGGUGCAAAAUUGAUGAAACUUUAGUGGUCUACCCAAGCAACCAGACGGUUUAUCGCUUUGGAAUGAAAGCUUUCAAUUUCAUUGGGGAGUAUAACCAGGUGUAUAUCAAUUGUGUUGUUAUCUUGUGCCUAGCCGGUAAUCCCAACACUCGUUGUGCUCAAGGCUGUAUAAAUAGCACAUCCUCCUCCCUUCAGCUUGGGCUAAGCCAUUUGAACAGAAGAUCCUUGGGCAUACAAACGGAGAGGCACUACAUUUCUCAGGGACCUGUGCAGAUAAAUAGGAAUCUUACAGAUAAUUCAGAUCUCGCAGUGAAUGUGAACGUCAACACCGUGGUCGUCGCUGGGGCUGUUCUUGGCACCACUGCUAUGGUGUGUGGUGCAGUCAUCUACAAAACCAGAAGGGCCAUUCGAUACGACCUGCUGCAGUUGCUGAAGGAGAGACAUCAAGCAACAAUGGCUCUUUACGAGUUAUGGCUUUUUAGUUUCUUGAUCUCUGUAGGCACUGCAGGACACAUGCAAGGCGGGUUAAUGACUUUUAUGCCCAUUAGAAAAAAUCCUGAUGGUUCUAUUAUGGUGGACUUCCGUUACAAGGAGACCUCCAAUGGGUCCUGCAACCAUGAGCACAGCUGGAACUGCCAGAAUGGAGACUGUGGGGAGGUUGUUGAUGCUGCAGUUGUGGAUGUAGCCAGGGAUACUAACCUUGGGCAAUGGUGCCAAUCAGAAGGAUACAUAUUAAGAAACCUCUCAAGCGAUAAGCCAUUUGAAUUGAGGGCUGCAGACUGCUGCUGGAUCCCUAAUGUUCUUGGAACAUCAAACUGGCAGCUGCUGACUCAUGUGGAUAUGGGAAAUCGAUCUGAUUCAAGUCUGCUCAAUAGAUCUCCAGUUACCACAAUGCUAUCGGCGAUCAGAGUACCCCAGAACUGUAUGACAACUAUCAGGCUGCUGGCCCAUGAUCCCGACGGUGAUCAUGUCCAUUGCAGGUUUGGGCAAGCAGCCAGCGGAGAGUGUGCAUCAUGUUCCCAAAACCCCGCCUUCCGUCUGAGUGAGAAUAUGUGUACUUUGCAUAUUAUAAACACUACAAGCAUUGGUGCUCAUGUAUUUGAGCUGGUAAUUGAGGAUUUCCCAAAGCAAAUGAUAUCCCUAACAUAUGAAGAUGGGACCUCAUCUGUCAGGCUCCUCUUUUCCCAAAACACAGACAACAACACUGCUGCACUCAGUAAAUUGCCUUUGCAAUUUGCCAUAGAGAUUCUUCCACCUCUGUCUACCUGUGACCUUGGGAUUUUGAUACCACAGUUUCUACCUCCAACACCAUCUCACGGUGACAUGUUUCAUGUCACAGCUGGCCAGGAGUUUCAGUUUCAUGUCAAAGCUCAAGCCACACAGGGAAUGAUCUAUGACUUCCAGAUCAGUGGCCCACCAAACCUAAUAAAACACGUUUAUAACAACACCAGUGGAAUCCUACAGGCAAGGAUAAGUUGGAUGCCAGAGGAAAGAGAAUUAUAUCACCGCAUCCCCAUUUGCUAUGCUGCGGAAACAACCGAGAGUCAGUCUGAAAUGAGAUGCAUAAUAGUAGCUGUUGAAAGAUUCCAUUCACGUUCUGGUGAAGCUGACGUUGUAUGCACUGAGAACACUAUGACCAUUUCUCUGAACAAGUCGUCAAUUAGAGGACUUCAUGAAAGUCACUUACGCCUUAAUGACCCAUCGUGUACAUUGACAUCUAAUGAAUCUCAUGUAUUGGCAACUGUGUCACUAAACUCAUGUGGAACACAGCUUGAGGAAACCGCAACUGAUCUCACUUUCAAAAAUGAAAUAGUAUCAGUUGACGAUAUCAGGGAUGUGAUAACCAGGAAACACCUAAUUGCGAUACCGUUCACGUGUACCUACUCCAAGAAGGGUCGAAUAACAUCCAAUUUCAAGAGCCACAAGUCCGCCUAUGUGUUCACAGAGGCUGGCUUCGGCAGCUUUGGCUAUGUGUUUGAGUUCUACACCAGCAGUAAUUUCAGCGAAAUGAUCGACCCUAACACUUACCCUCUGGAAGUGGAACUCCAAGACAUGCUCUACAUUAGCAUCCAGGCUCACUCUUCUCUUGCAAACACUAAGCUCUUUGUGGAGUCCUGCAGGGCAUCCCCACAUGAUGACCCCAAUGACUCGAUAUACUAUGACAUCAUGAAAGAUGGGUGCAUCAAGGAUGACACAGUAGUUGUCUAUUCACAUGAUGGAAUUGAAUUCAGGUUUGGAAUGAAGGCUUUCAAAUUCAUUGGGGAUUUUGACCAGGUGUACAUCAGCUGCACUGUGAUUCUAUGUGAUGCUGGAGAUGCUGACAGCAGGUGUGCCCAGGGCUGCACUCCGAACUCUGCUUGUCGCAGGAGAUCCCUGUCCUCAGAGACCGAAAGACACUAUAUUUCCCAAGGACCUCUGUGUGCUGCCAAAGGGGCUCUGGGAAAAAGAGCUUCGAAUGUGGUUAUGAAUACAAGCACCAGAGUCUUUGCAGGAGCUUUUGCUGUUGCUGUCCUCCUGCUGUGUGGCGUAUUGAUCUACAAUGUCAAGAGAUCCAGGACUGUCAAACAGGAAACCCUUUUAUCAUUUGUAGAUUUUCGGUACAAAGAAUCAUUUAGAACUGGCUGCCAUCAGGAAUUUUACUGGCCAUGCCGUAGUGGGAACUGUGGACAAAACACCCAUUUUCAAUAUGGGAAAAUAGAUGACGACCCAUUAGGAGGUGGCUGGUGUCAGGCAGAGGGAGUCAUGACCAGAAGCAUUGCCAGCGACAAACCUUUUGAAUUGAGAGUACCCCAAAACUGUCCAAUAACAUACAGAUUACUGGCACAUGACCCAGAUGGAGAUCGUGUCAGAUGCAGAUAUGGAUUUAAGCAAAACUUUGAAUGCUAUAACUGCAGCCAACAUGUAGAUUUCCACUUUGAUGAGAAUACGUGUGCCAUUACAUAUGUUCGCUCAUUGACGAGGGUUCAUAUCUUUGAGAUUGUUAUGGAAGAUUUUCCAAGACAGUACAUCAGUGUUACCUACAGGGAUAACACAUCAUCAGUCCGAUCCCCGUUGCCACUGUCUCGGCGCCGCCGCGCUGUCGCAACACCUUCACUUACGGAUUACCAAACCAUUUCCACUACUAAGUACCCACCUACCAGUUCUACGUCUCCCUUGAGCAAAAUCCCUUUGCAAUUUAUUAUUCAAGUUGAUAACGAUGUGCCUUCCUGCACAUUUGGAGAUUACAGACCCAAGCUCCUGCCUCCCACCCCAGCCCAAGGUGCCUUUCUGAAUGCUACAGUGGAUCAUGUAUUUGAAAUCAGCGUUAGAGCACAAGCAUUCUACUCCGUGAUUUAUGACAUCAAGAUCAGUGGACCUCUGAAUAUCACAAAGUCAUUCCAAUAUGAUGACAUCAACAAAACUGGACAAGCGUUCAUACGAUGGACACCAAAUGUGAAUGACUUAGAUGAGCAUGUUCCUAUUUGUUUUAUAGCAGAGACCAGAGAUGGGUAUCAGUCAGAAGUGAGAUGUGUUGUGGUAAUUGUUGGAAGAAAUUAUAUUCGCAGUGGUGAAGCUGAAAUUGAAUGCACUGAGAACACCAUGAGAAUUGCUGUGCUCAAGUCUUCAGUCAGAGGAAUUCAUGAAAGCCAUCUGCGUCUCAAUGACCCCUCAUGUACGCUGACAUCCAACGGCACUCAUGUAGUUGCAAUAAUGUCACUUCACUCCUGUGGAACACAGCUUGAGGAAGAUCACAAAUUUCUUAUUUUCAAAAAUGAGAUUACAUCAUUUGAUAACCUAAAUGACAUCAUAACCAGGAAGCAUCUGGUAGAGAUUGGAUUCUCUUGCUCCUACCCCAAGACGGGUAACGUGUCUUUCGAGUUCAAAGCACGCAGGAUUCCCUACGUGUUCACGGAGUCUGGCUUCGGCAGGUUCACCUAUCAGUUUGAGUUCUUCAGCUCCAAUCUGUACAACAGAAUGAUCGACUCCAGGUCUUACCCAGUGACAGCGGAGCUGCGGGACAUGCUUUAUAUGGACAUUGUGGCGACAUCAUCUCUUCCCAACACCCAGCUGUUUGUGGAGUCUUGCAGAGCAACUCCUCGUGACGACCCCAAUGACCCCGUAUUCUACGACAUCAUCAGAAAUGGGUGUAUUCAAGAUAGCACAGUUCAGGUCUUCCCGAGUAACCAGACAGAGUACAGGUUUGGAAUGGAAGCUUUUGCCUUCAUUGGCCAAUUUGAAGAGGUUUACAUCAGCUGCACAGUCAUCUUGUGCCAGGCUGGCAACCCCUACACCAGGUGUGCCCAGGGCUGUACCAAUGGCACUUCCAAUUCUCAUGGGCAUCACCUUCACAGGAGAGCAGUGGCUUCACAGACUGCCAGACACUACAUUUCCCAGGGGCCUGUGCGCCUAACCAGGAGCACUGGCAGUGCAGCCUCCAGUUUGAACCUGAACCUGAACCUGAAUGUUGUGUUCAUCAUGGGGACUCUCCUGAUUGCACUUGUCCUUGUGUGUGGAACAGUUGUCUACAAAGCCAGGGUGUCAAGGGUCAGAUAUGAAGUCCUGCCCACAUCCGACUUCUAAUCUUCUUUUAAAGUUCUGAACAGCAGUCUGAGACACAAUCGACAUGUAGUAAAAGCUACAUGCAGCUUUCUUAUAUUGAAAACAUACUUUAGUAUAAUCAUACAAUAAUUGAUCAAAGGCAAUUUACUGUCAAUCUUAAAAGAGGGAAAAUUAUACUUGGUGGUUUCAUAUUAACAUAAUUGCUGUGCUGUACAUAGAUGCAUUUCUAUUUCCUCAUCGGUUUAAAUGUCCUAUAGAAUGCUCUGAAUAGAUUUUGAGAAAUGGGUUGUUUUUGAAGACUAUCAUUAGUGUUCUCAAUUUGCUUCUUAGCGUGACAGUAUUUCCCAUACCAGGAAGUAGUUUACUGUUAUUUCUGAACAAUAAAUAUUAAUCCCUAAAUACAAUGAAUGUCUUAAAUUAAGGUCCCUAUAUAACAUGCAACUCCCAUGAGAAUGUGUUUUAAGAUGUUGCUCUUUUUGGACAUUAGAUUCUUUUGAGAAUGAUAAUAUUGUAUUUAAAGCCUAUAUGCUUUAUCUAGUAUAAUGGAGAGCCCCUGAAGAGUUGUAGUUUUAAUCAUUCUAAGCACAUAUUGUUUUGCAGUUUGCAUGUGAGUCUUAAUAGUUCCAAUGCAGUAUAAAGUGAUUUUUUAAAAUAUUUUUAUUGCAUUUUUUGAUCCCACACGUGGCACAGAUGGCGGUUUGUUUUAUUGUUUACGUACUGAUUUUGAAGUUUCUGUAGCACAUACGCCAAUGAUUUUUCUUCAGAUUUAUUACUGAGAGCUAAAACACAUAAGAAAAAGUGAUAUAAGCUUAAUGACUUUUUUAUUUCUCACUCCUUUAUAUGGACUGUGUUUCUGGAGUUACUAUACUUUCUUUGUGAUUAAUUGAAUUAAUAAAAUGUUAAAUAAAAUCUUCUUCUUCCA